GCGAAGGUGAUGAAGAAGACGACGGUUCUUGCCGUCCUUCUGGUGGUCCUCAUGUACCUGAUGGUCGGAGCGACUGUUUUCCAGCUCCUGGAGCAACCCUAUGCGGAAAGUCAGCAGGCGUCCGUCUCUCAGGCCCGGGAGAGCUUCCUGCUCGAUAACGCGUGCGUAGAGCCAACUCGACUUGACCAGCUUCUGGAGCAAACCGUGGUCGCUGUGGAGCUGGGACUAGAUCCUUUUGGAAACAGGAGUAAUGUCAGCACCAGCUGGGACCUGGGCAGCUCGUUCUUUUUCGCUGGGACAGUCAUCACCACAAUCGGUAAAAACCAGGACCAACCCCCACCCUCUGCCUCCCCCCACAACUGUCCUGACACAGAACCCUCCCUCAGAUCCAUUGGGCGUCACACCACAGACUGA